ACACAUUCUCUUAUAUCUCUGCAGUCUGGCAGCCUCGCCCUGUGGCCAGGCACAUAAACCUGAAGCACCAGAGUUUGAAAGAAACUCUCCCCUUGCUUGGAGAUAGCCUCCCACUCCCAUUUCUAUUGAGCUCCUGACUCUCUGAUUAUCCACGUGACCAUGAACCUGAAGACAGCGCUGGUGCUCCUGGUUCUCUCCAUCAUUACCAUCUUUGCCCUGGUUUGUGUCCUGCUGACUGGUAGGGGUGGGGGUGGUUCCAGCCAAUUUCCCCAAUGUACCUCACCAACAGCCAAGAAGAAUCAGUUCCGGCCACACCCUGUCGAGAGCCAGCUGUUCUCAGACUUGACCCGUGAGGAGCUGGCAUCAGUGAUGCUCUUCCUGACCCAGAAGUUGGGGUCAGGGCUGGUGGAUGUAAGCCGUGCCAAACCAUCUGAUAACUGUGUCUACUCAGUGGAGCUGCAGCUACCCCCCAAGUCUGUAGCCUUGGCCCACCUGGACAGGAAGGGUCCUUCACCUCCCCGGGAGGCUUUAGCCAUUGUCUUCUUUGGCCAACAGGUCCGACCCAAUGUGAGUGAGCUUGUGGUGGGGCCACUACCCAACCCGUCCUACCUUCGGGAUGUGACUGUAGAACGCCAUGGUGGGGCCCUUCCCUAUUACAGGCGACCGCUGUCCACAAAAGAGUACGAAGAACUUAUCAGGAUGAUCACUGACCGUGAGCUGCCUCGAAUUGCUGGUCUCCUCCACCGUUGUUGCUACUACAAUGAGAGAAACCUGUUACCAAUGACCACUGCCCCAAGAGGUCUGCGCUCUGGUGAUCGGGCCACCUGGUUUGGAAUCUACUACAACGUCUCAGGUGCUGGUUUUUACCUACACCCUGUGGGGUUGGAGCUGCUAAUAGACCAUGGGGCCCUAGACCCUGCUCAGUGGACAGUUCAGCAAGCCUUUUACCAUGGUCGAUACUAUGAGAACCUGCAAAUACUUGAACAAGAGUUUGAGGGAGGCCGGGUAGAGGUUGUCGAGAUAGUAUACAAUAGCACCAAAGCGUCUUCAUCUCUCAGGCCUCGUGCUGACCCUGGUUCUCCUCCCCCACUACAGUUCUCUCCCCAGGGUCCCCGAUACAAUGUCCAUGGAAGUCAAGUGGCCUCCCCAUUCUGGAACUUCAUCUUUAGCCUGGAGCUGUUCAGUGGCAUGAGGAUUUUUGACAUCCGGUUCCAAGGGGAGCGAGUAGCCUAUGAGAUCAGCCUCCAGGAGGCUUUGACCAUCUAUGGUGGCAACUCCCCAGCAGCCAUGAUGACUCGCUAUUUAGAUGGCAAUUUUGGCAUGGGCUUGUUCUCCACACCACUGACUCGAGGAGUGGACUGUCCGUACCUGGCCACCUACGUGGAUUGGGACUUCCUCGCGGAUUCUGGAACUCCAAGGACAGUACGUGAUGCUCUGUGCAUAUUUGAACAGAACCAGGGCAUCCCCCUGCGGCGGCACCAUUCUGAUUUUAUCUCCUAUUACUAUGGGGGCCUCCCAGGGACAGUGUUGGUUGUCAGGUCUGUGUCUGCUCUGCUAAACUAUGAUUACGUGUGGGACAUGGCCUUUCACCCCACUGGAGCCAUAGAGGUCAGAUUUCAUGCUACUGGCUAUAUCAGUUCAUCCUUUUUGUUUGGUGCUGGCCGAAGAUAUGGGAACCAGGUUGGGGAGCACACCCUAGGCACCAUCCAUACCCAUGCUGCUAACUUCAAAGUUGAUCUGGAUGUGGCAGGACAAGAAAACUGGGUGGUAGCAGAAGACAUGGCCUUUGAGCCUAGGCCUGUACACUGGAGCCCACAGCAUGAGGUGCAAGUGAUGCAGCUGGUUCAAAAAACACUGGAGACAGAAGACCAGGCGGCUUUUGCCUUUGGGGGCACCACUCCUCGAUACCUCUAUCUGGCCAGCAAUCAUACCAACGCCUGGGGUCACCGUCGUGGAUAUCGGAUCCAGAUCAUCAGCUUUGCAGGGCAGCCAAUGCCUCGGGAAAGCGCUAUGGAAGGAGCCUUCAGCUGGGGGAGGUACCAACUGGCGGUGACCCAGAGGAAGGAAGAAGAGCCUUCAAGCACCAGUAUCUAUAAUCAGAAUGAUCCCUGGAGCCCUACUGUGAAUUUCACUGAUUUCAUCAACAACGAAACAGUGGCAGGCAAGGAUCUGGUCGCCUGGGUGACUGCUGGCUUUUUGCACAUUCCUCAUGCAGAAGACAUUCCUAAUACAGUGACUGUGGGGAAUGGCGUUGGCUUCUUCCUCCGACCCUAUAACUUCUUUAAUGAGGAUCCAUCAGUCCAGUCUCCUGAUGUUGUCUACUUUCAGAAUGACAGGGAUGCUGAAGUCUGUGACAUCAAUCCUGUUUCGUGCCUUCCAAAGACAGCUGCCUGUGCUCCUGACCUCCCCAGUUUCACCCAUGGUGGUUUUAGAACAGAGUCUUAGAGCCUGGCUUUGAACUUCAGCAUCAAGAUAGGGAGGAAGUAGGAGCAUUGGAUUAUUGUGCAAUUAAUACCUGGCCUCCAGCUCUAUAGCGCUUCUCUCCACAGUUGCCAGACCUCCUAUUUCCUCCCUGAAUGUGCCACUGCACCUUUGCAAAGCAAUGAAGACUCAGCUCAGUCUCACUUAUCCUAAAACAUGGUGGAUUCCUGAUUUCAGAGAGGAGAGAGGAAGGCCCUGGCUCCCGGAAGGGAUGGCCAAACUGUGACCUAAAACAUUUAAUCUUUUCCUUCCUUUGACUUUUCCAGAUUUGCUGUAAUCACGGGGCUAGCCUGCUCCCUUCCUUUUUAUGGGACAUGAAGGAUAAGCUGUUCAGGGGCUGGGGGGGAGUGGGGAGAGGGGAGCUUAGGGAUGUUGUAUGCAGCGGGGAUAUGUAUUAAGACUUUUGGAAGCAGCAGCUCUCCAGAACCAGGUAUCCCUGUGGACUCCAGGGCAGUCUCAUCUAAGCCUGUAUUUAUAGAGCUGUUGAAAUUGUCCAUAUUUGUCUCUUCCCUAGCCACAGCCCUCCUCCCUGUUUUUCUAACUUCUUGGGAUUGACAUUCAUUCAAUAUACUAGUAUUUAUUAAGCAGCUACUUUGUGCCAGGCACUGUGCUAGACAAAGAGUGAAAUAAUCCCUAUUCUCAAGGACCUCAGACUCUGAUGUUCAAUAGAAUACAAGAUCCUUGAGGGCAGAGAUCCUUUCCUUUUUUUUCCUUUUUUAGUAUUUACUAUGUGUCCCCAGUACCUAGCACAGGCUUGGCUUAUAGUAGGUGCUUACAAAUGCUUUCAGAUUUCUCCUUUAGUGCCAGGAGGGUGAGAUUCUGUGGCAGUGGCACACUUACCAUUUGCACUCCCAACCCCACCUCACCCCAUCUCUCAUGACCUUAAUGUCUGUUCUCUCCUUCCUGUGGUCUGGAGGAUACAAUGGGUGGUGAUGUUUUUGAUGAGAGUAUAAUUCUUAUCUAUCCCACUACAAAGGUCACCUCUCCAUUAUGCCUUUGUCCAUGUGUGUCAUGGAUUGGGAGGGGGUUGUGUGGGUGUCUCUGUCACUCUCAGAUGUAAUAAAAAAUUUCCCUAAUGAAUCUUA